AUGCUGGACAUGAGCGAGACCCGCGCCCAGCCGCCCUGCAGCCCAUCUGGCACUGCUAGCUCCAUGUCGCACGUGGAGGACUCGGACUCGGACGCGCCGCCGUCGCCUGCCGGUUCCGAGGGUCUGGGCCGUGCGGCGGGCGCGGGGGGCGGUGGCCGGGGCGACGCAGCCGAGGCGGCGGACGAGCGCUUCCCCGCCUGCAUCCGCGACGCCGUGUCGCAGGUGCUCAAGGGCUACGACUGGAGCCUGGUGCCCAUGCCGGUGCGAGGCGGCGGCGGCGGUGCGCUCAAGGCCAAGCCGCACGUGAAGCGGCCCAUGAACGCCUUCAUGGUGUGGGCGCAAGCAGCGCGCCGCAAGCUGGCGGAUCAGUACCCGCACCUGCACAACGCGGAACUCAGCAAGACGCUGGGCAAGCUGUGGCGCUUGCUGAGUGAGAGUGAGAAGCGCCCCUUUGUGGAGGAGGCAGAGAGGCUGCGGGUCCAGCACAAGAAGGACCACCCAGAUUAUAAGUACCAACCGCGCCGGAGGAAGAGCGUGAAGACUGGCCAGAGCGACUCAGACUCAGGCGCCGAGCUGGGCCACCACCCGGGCGGUGCCGUCUACAAGACUGAUGCCGGCCUCGGUGACGCACACCACCACGGUGACCACACAGGGCAGACCCAUGGGCCGCCCACCCCCCCCACCACCCCCAAGACUGACCUGCACCAUGGGGGCAAGCAGGAGCUGAAGCUGGAAGGCCGCCGCCUGGUGGACAGCGGGCGCCAGAACAUCGACUUCAGCAACGUGGACAUCUCUGAGCUGAGCAGUGAGGUCAUCGGAAACAUGGACACCUUUGACGUACACGAGUUCGACCAGUACCUGCCCCUCAACGGCCACUCGGCCCUACCCACAGAGACGGGCCAGCCCGCGGCCGCCAGCUCCUACGGAGGCACCUCCUACUCGCACUCCGGGGCGGCUGGCAUCGGGGCGUCCCCCGUGUGGGCCCACAAGGGAGCCCCGUCGGCCUCUGCGUCGCCCACUGAGGCAGGGCCCACGAGGCCGCACAUCAAGACGGAGCAGCUGAGCCCCGGCCACUACGGCGACCAGUCGCACGGCUCUCCGGGGCACACCGACUACAGCUCCUACAGCGCUCAGGCCAGUGUCACCACGGCCGCCUCCGCCGCGGCUGCCAGCUCCUUCACCAGCUCACAGUGCGACUACACCGACCUGCAGGCCCCCAACUACUACAGCCCUUACCCCGGCUACCCAUCCGGCCUCUACCAGUACCCCUACUUCCACUCGCCCCGCCGACCCUACGCCUCGCCCCUGCUCGGUGGCCUCUCCGUGCCGCCUGCCCACAGCCCCCCCAGUAACUGGGAGCAGCCCGUGUACACCACCCUGACCAGACCCUGAGGGUGCAGCCGCGUGGACGGGCUGCGGCCGAGGACAACCUUGAUCUCGGCAAA